AUGUCAGCCCCUAACUCAAACCAGAGAAAAGCAUGCUGGGGUGCUAGGGAUGAGCUGUGGAAGUGCCUUGAUGAUAACCAUGACAAUGCCUCCUCCUGUGAGAAGUUCCAGAAAGAGUUUGAGGCGAGCUGUCCUGCUCAGUGGGUGAGUCUCCCUGUCUGGCCUUAGUCUAGCUAUAACCUAUCUGUUACUCUGUUGACAAUGACAGUCUAUCAUAGAGGUAGCCAGAGAGAUCGUCUAGAUCUACAAUGUUUGUAUAUAAAGACCUGCUUCUAUUCAUGGUCUAAUGUUCUUAUUACUGACUUUGAUGUAGCUACAGUAGUAAACUCAAUGUGGUCACCAACCCUGGUCCUGCUCAAAUACAUCCUAUCUCACAUUGAUCCUGACAGGUGAAAUACUUCACCAAGAGGAGAGACUUCUUGAAGUAUAAGGAGAAGAUGCAGACGGAGGGCUUUGAGCCUGCUGACGGGCCUAAACAGUCACAGUCCUAG